AUGGAAGACCGCGGGGUGAUCGCCACCGCCGAUGACGCGCUCCGGGCGAAGCGGGACAUCGCGCGCGCCGGGUACGUCGAGGACGCGUACAUCGAUCUGUUGUCGUCUCGAACGGAGCGCGCGUUGGUGAGGAGACAUCCACCGCUCGUGCGGCGCGGGUACUGGGCGCGGACGGCGGCGACGCGCGCGAUCGCGUUGGAGUUUGGAUCGAGGUGCGAAAAGGUUUCCGAUGGACGAUUCAACGUGGUAAACGUGGGGUGUGGGUACGAUACGUUCGGUCUGUGGACGCUCGAUCGGUUUGAGCGUGCGAGGGUGGUGGAAUUGGAUUUCGCGGAUGUUAUUCGCGCUCGAAGCGAGCGAUUGCGCGAGGCGGGCGUGGAGCGAUCGGAGGUGUCGUACGAGUCGCGGGCGUGCGACGUCAGGGACGUGAGUGCGAUCGAUGCGGCGAUCGGGGGGCUGAAAGAGCCGUUCGAUUGGUCGUUGCCGACGCUCGUGAUUGCGGAGUGCGUGUUGGCGUACCUACCGCCGGGUGCUUCAGACGCGGUGACAAAAUUCUUUGGUGAGCGAUUGAACACGGCGGUGUUCGCGUCGUACGAUCCGAUCGAGCCCGAUGACGCUUUCGGGAGGCAGAUGAUCCGAAACGUUCGGGCGAGGGGAUGCGCGUUCGCCGGCAUUGGGGAUGCGCCGAGCGUCGAGGGAGCGCGGGCCAGGUUCGAGCGCUCUGGGUGGCAACGCGCAUUCGCGUACGACAUGAACGCCGUGUACGCUCGUCUGAGUGCAAACGAGCGCGAGCGCAUCGAGAAGAUAGAUUUUCUGGAUGAAUACGAGGAGUGGCGCUUGAUACUCGCGCACUACUGCAUCUCUGUUGGCGUGAACGAUGCCGUCGGCGCGUUAGGAAAUUUCGAUCUCAUUAGCGAUUAG